ACAAUGGUUUGUGUUUUGAAGCUUUUAAAAUGUUUAAAUUAAAGUGUUUCAAUACAAAGCGUUAAUUUUAUUUAACACUUUAGCAGUAACAGUUAUAUAACAUAAUUAAUGUGGAAUGUAUUACUGUAACGUUAAUGCUUUAUGAAGGAUUGAUUAACGUUCUUUAUGUCUUUUUAGUGUGUGUUCUCCAUAUUGUGAAUCACUUCAUUGUAAACCCGGAUUCGUUCAUCGGCCAUUUGUGACAUACUUGAUAUACUAUUAUAUAAAUGGCGCUUAUUAAAGAGGAGAGUGAAGACUUGAAGAUUGAAGAAACAUUCAGAGUCAAACAAGAAGAUAUUGAGGAACAAACAGAGCAGAAGACACUAAAAGAGGAGAGUCAAGAACUGAAUGAAUUGGAAGAGAAAUAUCAGUAUGAACUGAAACAUGAUUUCAUUACUGGAGAAAAAUACAUACAGACAGAAAAGCCUUCAUCACAAAAAGGAGCUCUGAAUACAGAAUAUAACAAAUGUUUCACCUGCCGUCAGUGUGGAAAGACUUUCACUCAAAAACCAAACCUCAAUGUUCACAUGAGAGUCCACACCGGAGAGAAACCUUUCACCUGCCAGCAAUGUGGAAAAGGUUUCACUCAAAGAGGAAACCUGAAAGUCCACAUGAAUAUUCACACUGGAGAGAUUUCUUUCACCUGCCACCAAUGUGGGAAAAGUUUCACUCAAAACGGAGCCCUUAAAAGGCACAUGAGAGUUCACACUGGAGAGAAGCCCUACACCUGCCAACAGUGUGAAAAGAGCUUUACAACAGAACUAAACCUUAGGUAUCACAUAAACAUACACACUGGAGAGAAGCCAUUCUCAUGUGAUCAGUGUGGAAAGAAGUUCAAACGUAAAGUAAACCUUACUUGCCAUAUGGGAAUUCAUUCUAAAGAGGAGAGUUUUAAAUGUCAUGAGUGUGGAAAGAGUUUCAGUCAUAAAGUAAACCUCAAGAAUCACAUGAGACUUCACACUGGAGAGAAUCCUUACAUGUGUGUUCAGUGCGGAAUGAAUUUCAGAUAUAAAUCAGCCCUUAAUUCCCACUUGACAACUCACACUGGACAGAGUCCUUACACCUGCAAACUGUGUGGGAAGAGCUUCACACGAGAAGUAAACCUCAAGUAUCACAUGAAUAUUCACACUGGAGAGAAGCCAUUCACAUGUGAUCAGUGUGGAAAGAGUUUCAGACGUAAAGUAACUCUUAGUCAGCACACGAGGAUUCACUCAAGAGAGAACUCUUUUAAUUGUGAUCAGUGUGGAAAAAGUUACACAAGCAUGAAACGCCUAAACAGGCAUAUAGUAAGUCACUCUGCAGAGAAUGUUUUCAAAUGCCAGCAGUGUGGAAAAAGUUUCAGUCAUAAAAUAAGCCUUAAGGCUCACAUGAGACUUCACACUGGAGAGAAACCUUACACGUGCCCUCAGUGUGGACAACGUUUCACUUAUAAACCAUCCCUUGAUUACCACAUAAGAGAUCACACUGGUGAAAGGCCUUAUAUAUGCAAACAGUGUGGAAAGAGCUUCUUACAAAAAGGAAAUCUGAAGACUCACAUGAUAAUUCACACCGGAGAGAAGCCUUUUAAAUGCCAGGACUGUGGAAGGUGUUUUAAUCGUAAAGUAAGCCUUAAGACUCACAUGAGAAUUCACACUGGAGAGAAGCCUUACACAUGUCCUCAAUGUAAAAAGUGUUUCUCAUAUCAAAGAGCCCUUCAACUUCAUUUGCAAGCACAUUCUGGAAAGAAACUGCAAAGUUCAGAGUGUGACAAAAAUUUGAAUUUGAAAAAUCACCCGUGCAUUCACUCUGGAAGAAGGCGAUUUAAUUGUGAUCUUUGUAAUAAGAAAUUUAUUUUGCCGUCACACUUACAGAUACACCUGAAAAGUCACACAGAAGUGAGACGCUAUUUGUGUCCCUUGUGUGGUAAGAGGUUUAAAUGGCACAGCAGUUUCAAAUGGCACCAGAAAAUACGGACCUGUGUGAAUAUAAGGCUCCGUUCACACCGUAGGUAAACGCAUGCCAUCAAGCACUGUCAAGAGCAUGCCAAGCCAACAGGUGGGCGAUAUAAUCUCAACCGUAAAGCCAUGUUGGCCAAUCAGAAGCCUGAAAAAGUUUCCAGUAGACAGAGAUAACAGCACUGGGUUCGACGUCACAAGCCAAAAAUGCCUGUUUCGCUGUCUACAUAACACUGCAACUGGAGUUUGAAAAUCUUCACCUUGGCAGGCGUUUUCAAAAAUGUUCAGUUUCAGUGACCCUCUGCCUGCGUCUGGAUGAACGGCCAAACCGCAAAUAAAAAGCUGUGGUUAUAAAAUUUAAUCGCGUUUGUGUGGACCAGACCUAAUUUCAAUUUCAGGUGUCAUUCCAUUUCAUGUAUUGAUUGAUGCCUUGGGAUAAAAAUAUUAGUAAUAUUAAACUUCAGUCUUGCUGUGAAAUGCCACAAUGUCACGGAAAGAUUGUAAAUAAAGCGACAUAAAAAAUGAAAUAAACACCGAACUGCAUUAUUUGAUUGUGUUUAAGUAAGAAAAUGCAAAGGUAAACAUGUUUGCAGUCUGGACUAUAUAAAGGGGAUAUUGGAUGCACGUUUUCCACAAGUUGUUAUGAUUCUUUAGAAUCUUCAUGAAAUGUUUGUAACACAGUUUGGUUGAAAUUCCUCAAUGAUCAUGUAAAACAACACCUUUUUUACCAUGUCAAAAAAAGCUCUGUUCACAGCAA